AUGCAGACCUCCAAUUCUAGAUCUGUGCACCUCAGUGAAUGGCAGAAAAACUACUUUAUAGUCACAUCUGACACGUGCACACCUGGACAGAAGGCGGAUGCAUACCGAUCACAGAUACUACAGAUUCAGUAUGCGUGGGCAGACUCUCAGAUCUCCCAGGCCUGCGCGUCCACGCUUUUCAAGAAAUACGCAGAGAAGUACUCCACUAUUAUUGAUUCUGACAAUGUCAAAACUGGUUUGAAUAACUAUGCAGAAAACGUUUUAUCUCUGGCCAGAUCUCAGCAAACUGAUAGUGAAAAGUGGCAGUCUGGAUUGUCGAUCAAUAAUGUCUUCAAAAUGAAGACUGUGCAGGAAAUGAUGCAGGCUGGCAGAAAAUGUGAAGGGGAUUUGCUGGCAUCUUCUGACCCCUCAGCAGUGAUCCAUAAAGAGACUGCUCAAUUAGAUCUUAAGUUUAAUGUUUGUGGUAGUACAGGGGAGAAUAGUCCAAUAUGUAACUCAGUUCAGUAUACAAAUAAGAUCCAAGGUCUCCCAGGUCCUCAGAAUGCCCAGCUACCUACUCUGACGGACACCAUUAAGACAUGUUCUCUAGUUCCAAAUGAACCACCUACUGCCAAAUUCCAUGCCACACCACUCUUUGGAAAUGCUAGAAAGGAAAAUAAGAGCUCUUCAAAAGCCAGCGUAGGCCUUGGUAUGUUCUUACCUAGCCAGUCUUGUCUUCCUUUGGAUUGUGAAGAUUCACAGAAAAGAAAAGGUUUCUAUGGCUCCGGCAUCAUUGAUACACGCUCUACCCCGAUGCCUAAUGCUCCCAGUAAAACAGUAGAUAACAACCCAAGGGAGGAGAGCAGCCUGCCCACUUUUAAAACUGCCAAAGAACAGUUAUGGGUAGAUGAGCAGAAAAAAUACCACCAACCCCAGCGUGCAGCAGGGUCUUCAUAUGGUGGGAUAAAGAAAUCUCUAGGAGCAAGUCGAUCCCGAGGAAUAUUUGGAAAGUUUGUGCCUCCAAUACCUAAGCAAGAUGGGGGAGAGCAGAAUGGAGAAAUGCAGCGUAAGUCUUACGGCACCGGAUCUGCAGAAUCAGCACCCCCCAUUGAUGGGCGUCUGAAGAACAUGGAACCAAGGAUGGUCGACCUUAUUAUGAGUGAGAUUGUGGAUCACGGCCCUCCGGUAAAUUGGGAAGACAUAGCAGGGGUGGAAUUUGCCAAAGCCACUAUAAAGGAGAUAGUCGUGUGGCCUAUGUUGAGGCCGGAUAUUUUCACUGGUUUGCGAGGACCCCCCAAAGGGAUCCUGCUCUUUGGUCCCCCCGGGACUGGCAAGACUCUCAUUGGCAAGUGCAUUGCUAGUCAGUCUGGUGCAACGUUCUUCAGCAUCUCUGCAUCAUCCUUGACUUCGAAAUGGGUAGGCGAGGGGGAGAAGAUGGUCCGGGCAUUGUUUGCCGUUGCCAGGUGCCAGCAACCAUCUGUGAUCUUUAUUGAUGAAAUCGAUUCCUUGUUGUCUCAACGAGGAGAUGGUGAACACGAAUCUUCUAGAAGGAUUAAAACCGAAUUUUUAGUUCAGUUAGAUGGAGCCACCACAUCUUCUGAAGAUCGUAUUUUAGUAGUCGGAGCAACUAAUCGGCCACAAGAAAUCGAUGAGGCUGCCCGGAGAAGGUUGGUGAAAAGACUUUAUAUUCCCCUUCCAGAAGCUUCAGCCCGGAAGCAGAUAGUGAUUAAUCUGAUGUCUAAGGAGCCGUGCUGUCUCAGGGAAGAGGAGAUUGAGCUGGUCGUGCAGCAGUCUGAAGGGUUCUCGGGGGCUGACAUGACGCAGCUGUGCCGAGAGGCCUCCCUUGGUCCCAUUCGAAGCUUGCAGAUUGCCGACAUUGCCACGGUCACACCAGAUCAAGUCCGGCCAAUAGCUUAUAUUGAUUUUGAAAAUGCUUUUAGAACUGUGCGGCCAUCUGUGUCCUCAAAAGAUUUAGAGCUUUUUGAAAAUUGGAACAAAACUUAUGGCUGUGGGAAGUAA